CGUGCACAAAGUUGGGCGGAUUUUGCUAUUCACAAAACUCACUUGCGUGCUAAUGCCCGCUUACUGUGUUUCCAGCUGCGCUACUUUCGUACAUCCAAUCACACCGCGAAGCCGGUUGUCUUACUACAUAGAGAGUUGGGAAGUAACAGUGCGAAGAAAUGUCGAAGCGACGCAUCACCCAAGAAACAUUUGAUGCUGCUGUCCGGGAAAACAUGGAGGAGUUUGAGAUGGAUCCAGAUGAGGCUCUGAGGGAAGCCGUGGAGCAGUUUGAGUCUCAGGGUGUGGAUCUCAGUUGCAUAGUGAAAGUUGUUCCUGCUGCGUCAUCUGAUGACAAUCAAGAAGAGCAAACUCACGAGGUCUUACAGGCUUUGGAAUCUCUCCGGAUUGGAAACGACACCGCCGCUCUGCCUGAUGCGACAGCAGACAUAAAAUGCUUCACUGAGCAGUGCUCACUUGGAUUUGCGCAGAGGUACUUGGCUGCUCAGAAAGGCGCGUAUCCCGUCAUUCUCUCCUACUGCAAAAAGAGCGUGGAGGAGCGAGAUUGCGCCUUGGCUGGGCUGUCUGCUCUGGCCGCGCUGACAGACGGACAGCCAGACCUGUUGGACAAAGAGGGACAGCAGUUUCUUGUAGAUGUUCUUCAGAAGUACCAGGCAGAUUCAUCGGUGACGUGUGUCGCCAUCUGUGCGGUGCGUCACUGCUGCAUAAAGCAUGAGCAGAACAGACAGGAUCUGGUAAAAGGCGGAAUGCUGCCGCUGCUUACCCGUGCCAUAAUGCGACACAGCGGCUGCGCUGUGCUUGUCAAAGAGGCCUCCUGGGCCCUUCGGGUCAUGACAUUUGAUGACGAUGUCCGGGCUACUUUUGGGCAUGCUCACGAACACGCCAAGAGUAUUGUUCUAGAGCACAAUGGACUGAAGAUUUUAAUUGAGGCUGCUAAAGCUCAUCUUAGCAACACUUCUGCUCUGAGUGAACUGUGUGCCACUUUAUCCCGACUGGCUGUCAGGAACGAGUUUUGCCAAGACAUCUGUGAUCUGGGAGGAUUAAAAUUCAUGAUGACUUUACUUGCGGACAGCUAUGAGUCACCGGAGUUGGUCCGGCAGGUCCUUAGUGCCAUACGGGCAUUAGCAGGAAAUGAUGAUGUGAAGGACACAGUCGUUAAUGCUGGUGGGGUUGACCUUAUUGUUAUUGCCAUGAACCGACAUAUCAACAACCCUGCUGUCUGUGAGCAGGCCUGCGCGUGCCUCUCUGUUCUUGCACUGCGAAAACCCAACAACUGUAAAGUCAUCGUGGAGAACGGAGGUGUCAUAGCUGCUGUGCAGGCCAUGAAGAUCCAUCCGGGUUCUGUGAAUGUACAGAAACAAGCAUGCAUGCUGAUAAGAAAUCUUGUUGCGAGAAUGCGUAACUACUGCCAACAAAUCCUGGAACUGGGAGCAGAAGCUCUGAUAUGUCAGGCUGUGCAGACACACGAAGACUGUGGAGACAUCGGUAAAGCUGCUCUCAGAGAUCUGGGAUGUAAAGUGGAGCUUCGUGAGCUCUGGACUGGGAAACAUGGCAGCAUUACCAACUAAGAUUGGAAUAAAACAACAAUGGUCAUGUUACAGCUUUAAUAUUGUCAAAGAAUGCUGUAAGAUUGCUACACUGCGUUCAUGGACAAUGAUGAGUACAAAUACACCUAUCUGGUUUCAAUGUAGAUGUUAGUACACAGUUAAUGUCCAUCCAUUAGAAUUAAUGUACUCUGGUAAAACCCAAAUAUCAAUAUAAAAAAAACAACAACAAAGAAAAAAGAGUGAUACAGUAUUGGAAACAUGAGAAACUCAAUGCAAAUAGGAUUUUGUACAACCUUUUCAUUUCAUUUUUUUAAUGUUCAUUAGGUGUACAUUUUUGUUCUUUCUGUAUGAAUUUUCUGUUCAAUAUUGUAAUAAUUUAUCUCCUAUAUUGGCUGAGCCUCAACACCAAUUGAACGCCUUGCACUGCUAAUUUUCUUUUUUAGUUGGUAGUUUCUUUCUGUUUAAUUUUUAUUCUCCACUUACCAUCAAACAUCUUCAUAUUAUUCAAUUUUGUUUACUCUUCUAAUUUGCAUUCAUAUAGGCAUAUUCAAUAUAACUGUGAAUAUGUCACGUUCAUAGUCUUUGUGAAUAUGAAUGUGGCAUUUCCCAGAAUGCCACAUUCAUAUUCAUAAAACAGGCACUACUGAAGUUAUGAAUUGACCCUAAAUAAAAAAGUAAACAAAUGCAACAUA